AUGUGGCGCCCGCUUCUGCUCUUAGCACCUCUGCUCAACCUCGCUCACGCAAACGACCCCUAUCCCUCACCCGAUGACGUCCCCGAGCCAUGGCAUUCAGCGGUCGAAUACCGUUCCACGACCAUUGUCGGUCCGCCUAUCGAAGUCGUCUCCAACAGCAUCGAAUGCAGGGAUGGCCAGUACACCUUUCUCAGCCCUCGGGGUGACGGCAUGAUAGCACAUGGGCCGACAAUUGUUGAUCAGGAUGGGGAGCUCGUGUGGUCAACCACAUUCAAUGACCUGCCGGUGUAUAAUCUCGACGUCAAUACCUAUAAAGGUCAGGAUUAUCUCACCUUCUGGGCAGGCGAUGACAAAGUUGACGGACAUGGCGAUGGCUCUAUCUACAUGCUCGACUCGUCAUACAGUGAAGUAUACAAGCUCAGAGGCCCGCACGGCCUUUCCGCCGACUUGCAUGAGUUUCGGAUCACGCGCAGUGACACGGCACUGUUCACCGUCUAUGAUGUUGUCCCGGCCAAUUUCCAAUCGGUCGGCGGGCCUCAACAAGGCUGGAUCUGGGAUGGGAGGUUUGUUGAGGUCGACGUCGAGACCAACAGGGUCCUCUUUGAAUGGCGCGCAUCAGAGCACAUAAAUUUCACCGAAGUCACCCAACCGCGCGACCAUGCGGGCGGGAGCUAUGAGACUGCCUGGGAUUUCUUCCACAUCAAUGGCGUUGACAAAGAUGCCAAGGGCAAUUUCUUGGUCACCGGACUUCACGCCAACUACCUCGUGUAUAUUGAUGGGCGCACAGGGAGUGUCAUAUGGCGGCUUGGAGGGAAGCACAGCGACUUCAAGGACCUUUCGUCCGGGGACGCUUCGUCCUUCGCCUGGCCACAUCACGCCCGCUUCCAGGACAACGACACAGCCAUUACUUUGUUUGACAAUGCAUCGCCGAAAGACCAACGAAAUCGAGGCCUCUACCUCGACGUUGACCAAUCCACCAUGGCCGUCAAGGUUCGCCAGACGUAUCUCGCCCUUGAGAGGCACAUGGUUGUCCCUCAAGCGCAACCACAGUCACAAGGUUCUCUCCAAGUCCUGGAGAGCGGCAAUGUUCUCCUCUCAUACGGCCUCAAUGGCCCAGCCUGGACAGAAUACGACGGAAGCAUCCCCCGUUGCCACGCUGUAUUCGGUCCUGAAGCGCAUUUUGGCUCCGGGGAUCCAGCCUCGUAUCGUGUAUCCAAGCACGCGUGGAAGGGAUACCCGUCCACGACACCGGACUUUGAGAUCUUUGGUUUUGAAGCGGCUGUCAGUUGGAAUGGCGCGACGGAAGUCGCCAUGUGGGUUCUCGAAGGGGCGGACGUUGCCCUUCCUGAUCCUAAUUACGAUCCGAAUUCGUAUUCGAGCUCCAUAAAUGAGGAGCAUGUGAACGAAGAAGAAUAUGGUGAUGAUAGCCCCGACUCAGCGCCGGCGUUCACCCUCAUUUCGAAAACACCAAAGUCCACCUUUGAAACCAUAAUUCAAAUACCACCUGGCGUCACCUCUUCCUUCCUCCGCAUCCGCGCCCUCGACUCCGCAGGCUCAGUACUCGGAACAACAGCAACUCUCCCCUUCGACCCCAGCGGUCCGCCACCUCACCCCAACAAUCCAACUCCAAGCCCAGACCACCCACCCCAAUCCGAUCCCAGUCACAAAUCGACCUCCUCAUCCUCCCUCUUCUUUGCCGGCGUCGCCGCAACGCUCUUCCUCCUCAUACUUCUUUACCUGUUCCGCCGGUGCUGCAUGGGCUUCUGUUUGCGUCGUCGAUGGCAGUACCAAUACCUCCUCCGCCGAGGCCGCGACGACGACGAUGAUGAUGACGAUUACUGGGAGAGUGUCUACGGGGUCGAGGAGCAGGAAGUGGGUCUACAUCAUAUUAGCGACACAGAGAGCGAUGAUAGCGACGAGGUCCAGGUUUCGGUACUGGAGAAUCCGAGGCUCAGUCCGAUGUUGGCGAGGUCGCCGAGUGGAUUGAGUACUUUUAGUUUUGGGAGUGUGGGAGGACUGAGAAGCCCGAGUCCGGGGGUGGAGAGGGCGAAGCAGCAGUAA